AUGGGAAUGAUUCGUACGGCAAGAUCCAACCACGACAUAAUUCACCGCGGCAGCCACAGCAGCGGCAAUCGGGGAACCGGAGCCUCUCUGGUUGGUGGGGCUAUCAUUUUGGCCGCGGGAGAACUACGUCUCAUGAAGGAAGGAGGAGUAUGGGGGGUCUUCACCAAGGCGGCAAAGGGCAGACCCGACUACAACGCCAAGGAGAGGGUGGUGACGUUGAAAACUUGGCGGGACGCAGUAACCCCUCUACCCAGGGCUCGCUCUCAUCUAGUGGUGUUGCCGCAACCCCUAGUAGACGGAAUUCCUCAGGAGGGCAGGCGCGUGUAUUUCCACGCGGAUGAGGCCGUCCUUCGUUUUCGGUGCUGGAUCGGCCACGGAGGCAAGAAUGGCCACCGAGUUUAUGUGGCGGAGUGAUCCUCAAUCCCGAAACAGAUUGUGUUGAACAUUGAUCCCCUAGAUGUGUUACCACUUGCGACACGGGAGGAAGAGCAGCCCAAGGAGUUUGGGGAGCGGUAGAACGAUUGGCCCAACCCUUGGAGCUAUUUCGAGGCUCCCACCGGUGGGUGAGUUUCUAUCUGUAAUGUGGUACAGUAGGUUGAUAUGUUAUGUGGGUGCUUUGGUUGUGGGGCUACAUGGUCAAGUUUGUUUUCUCUGAGAUCCUGAGAAGCACUGGUAACCCCAGGAGGUUGGAUCCACAAAAGGAUUGAAAGGUCUUGCUUGGUACAUCGUAAGUCGACGGAUAGGUUGAAGAGUUGCAACCAUCGACGCGAUAGUUUUGGGGUUCGGCUGGCUCACGAAGCAACAGGGAUGGGGGAGGAGGAAGCCAUAGCAUUAGAACUAUCAGUACCGAACUGUUUUGUCUACUCCACGCCUUGUCACGUUCGUGUUCAGU